AAGAAAAAAAAAUAUCGUCACCCACACUGAGGAAGCCUCUAGGAAACUGCUCAAGUCGGCAAUAAGGCAGCGACUUGGGGGAAUAAUCGGAUUCGUGCGUUCACGAAAGGAAAGAAAAGUAUUUCGUCUCAUCUUUCAAAGUCUUUGAAAUAACCUUACAAAGAAAUAUCGAGUGGAUCAGAAAGUCCGGAUCGGGGGCUAUACUUAUUGCUUUGGUUUCUUUGGUUACACCAACAGAUACUGCUUAUUGCAUUUCUCUCUACUUCAAACGAUUAAGGCGGAGAAUCCAGUAGCACAAGUUCUACAUAUGACCGGUAAAUCUCAGAUCAGACAACCCAAAUUAGCAAGCUGCACAAGAGGUUCUGGGACCUUGUUGCUUUGAUGUUGAGGACACUUCAUCAAGUAGGCGAUGCCCUCCUAUGAAAAUGCAAGAAUUGUCGUGUUGGUAGUAGAAACUGAUGGAUUAUAAGUUACAGACUGUUGGCGUUCUCCCUCAACUUGAAAUGGGGUCACUAGACGGAAAAUCAGUACAUGAGUUCAUGGACAAGAGUCAUUUUAGCCCGGAGGUAGAUGCUCAGAAGUUGCAUCCUACUCAUACGGUUGAAAUUGGAUCGUGUUCUGGAGGUCUGCAAGCUAGUAGUAAUAUAAUGUGCAUGUUGAGGAAUGUUGUGUAUGAGAACAUAAAGAAGGUGGUUUUCUCAAGUAAACUCAACUUGCUGAUGCCCUUUGGGCCACUAGCAAUUCUUGCUGAGGGAAUGACUGGCCAUCGUGGUUGGGUCUUCGUUCUGAGCUUAUUGGGUAUAACACCUUUGGCUGAGCGUUUGGGUUAUGCUACAGAGCAGCUAGCCUUUUACACUGGACCUACAGUUGGAGGCCUUUUAAAUGCUACUUUUGGGAAUGCAACGGAAUUGAUUAUAUCAAUCUAUGCACUGAAAAGGGGACUAAUACGUGUUGUUCAGAUGUCGUUAUUGGGCUCAAUUCUGUCAAACAUGUUGCUGGUGCUUGGAUGCGCAUUCUUUUGUGGUGGGCUUGUUUUUAAUAAGAAGGACCAGCACUUUGAUAAGGGAACUGCUGCUGUAAGCUCUGGAUUGCUCUUGAUGGCAGUCAUGGGCCUCCUAUUUCCAGCUGUUCUUCAUUAUACCCACACUGAGGCUCAUGCUGGGAAGUCAGAAUUGGCCCUUUCAAGAUUUAGUAGUUGCAUUAUGCUUGUUGCUUAUGCUGCAUACCUUUUUUUCCAGCUAAAGGGUCAAAAGAAUCAAUAUGUUCCUCUUAACGAGGAAGGGAGUCUGAACGAAGAGGCUUUAGACGAUGAUGAAGCUCCAGAGAUCUCUAAAUGGGAAUCAAUAACUUGGCUUUUUAUUAUGACUGCUUGGAUAUCAGUCCUAUCUGAAUAUUUAGUUAAUGCAAUAGAGGGAGCAUCUGUUGCAUGGAAUAUUCCGAUUGCAUUUAUUAGUGUUAUUUUGCUCCCUAUUGUAGGGAAUGCUGCAGAGCAUGCAAGUGCUAUUAUGUUUGCCAUGAAAGACAAGCUUGACAUUUCCUUAGGAGUGGCAAUAGGAUCAUCAACACAGAUAUCGAUGUUUGGGAUUCCUUUUUGUGUAGUUGUCGGUUGGAUUAUGGGGCGAUCUAUGGACUUAAACUUUCAUCUUUUCGAGACAGCAACACUUUUUAUAACUGUCUUGGUCGUAGCCUUCUUGCUCCAGGAAGGAACUUCUAAUUACUUUAAAGGACUAAUGCUUAUACUUUGCUAUCUGAUAGUCGCUGCAAGUUUCUUUGUACAUGUAGAUUCUUCAGCGGAUGGUGGUCAAGUAGGAACAUAGUCAAUAAAGCCAUUGAUUCAUAAGGUUGAUCUCCGACAGCUUCGGUCCUUUCUGCUGUAUUGUAUAUAUUUCAAUUUUCAACUUUUCUCCCUGCUUGUGCUUCUGAGUAAAUUCAGAUAACCGAUUUCUUGCCUAUUAUGUUCUCUGUUCUUCAGCCUUCUGCUUGGACACCACAUGUUCGCUUAGAUUACAACAAGAAGUGUAUUAUAGAAAAAAAAGGGAAGAUUUCCAUCUUAUUUGAAGGUGUAAAUUUAUCGCCAUGAAUGGGAAUCUUCGAAACAGAUGGAAACCAUCAGGACUGGUGAUAAGAGCAUUGGUUUUAGGAUUACCAUAAACUGAUGCUUUUCUGUUUUGUAUCAUUAUUGUUAUUUUACAUUAUAUUCUUUCUUUUAUUUUCUAAUUAAUGACAUGUUCCAAUUAAUUACCA